UGGUCAAAGCAAUCUAGCCCAUCUUCCUUAACCUUAGCAUCAUGACAACGACAGACUACUUUCCAUGACGUACACCUUGUUGACAUCAACGGCGUGCCUGAAUACCCCUUGUGCAGCAGGAUUCGGGCUGUGCAAAUGUGACCCGCGAUGUGUCUCAUACGUACGGAGUAUACGAUGCGGCAUCGGGCUAAUGUGCAUCGACGCAGAGUCCCUAGAGCAAUACACCCUCGUGGUCACUCGCCCGGGCGUCAGCACUGCCAUUGCCCGUGGCUGGCAGUUCGCGAACCCAUAAGCAGCUUCUUUUUGUUCAUCGAAGUUACAGUAUACAGUACAUAUGUAUGGUUGCAAAUGGUAGAUGAGAUUUGAUUAGCGAGUUCCCCAACCAAGUAAUAAACCACGUACAACAACGUGGGCCACCCCCUGUCCGGUUAUUUCCCCUUUUGGAACUUCGUGUACUUAUGGCGCCAAUUACGCGGAAUAGCAAUGUACACAACAAUCACUGAGCGACGGUGAAAGGGGAAAAAAGAAAGAACAAACACGAACAAACGAAAGACCCAACACGAGGCGCCAUCGUCACCCGGCACUCGUUCUGUCUGGCCUCACCUCACCGCGUAAGCU